GUCUAGAAAAACAUUUUAUAAAAGUCAAAACAAACCAUUUUGACCAAUAACAACGCUUGUAUCUGUCAGCUGUACUAAGCGCGUCAUCGCUUCUCAUUGGUCAUUAUUUGCGUCUCUGUCGCGCCGCUCCGACCUUAUAAAUAUCAGCGCGAACUCGCGCCGGACCUCUUUUCCACAGUGUUAAUUCAGGGGGUUUUAGUCGGGUUAUUUUGUGAGCUAACUCUUAUUCAGAAUGCCGGAAACUUCAAAAAUGAAUGGAUACACAAAAACUAACGGACACAGUUAUGAUAUGGAAGAUGGAUCAGAGUUUCUUUUCACCUCCGAAUCGGUUGGUGAGGGUCAUCCAGAUAAAAUGUGCGAUCAAAUAAGUGACGCGAUUCUUGACGCGCAUUUAAGACAAGAUCCGGACGCAAAAGUAGCAUGCGAAACUGUGACAAAAACUGGGAUGGUCUUGCUGUGCGGCGAAAUCACCUCUAAAGCCAAUGUAGACUAUCAGAAGGUAGUCAGAGAAACUGUCAAGCACAUCGGCUACGAUGACUCAUCUAAAGGGUUUGAUUACAAGACAUGCAGUGUCAUGUUGGCGCUAGACCAGCAGUCUCCGAACAUUGCUGCCGGAGUGCAUGAGAACAGAAAUGAUGAAGAAGUAGGAGCUGGUGAUCAGGGCCUCAUGUUUGGCUAUGCGACAGAUGAAACAGAAGAAUGCAUGCCACUGACAGUAGUGCUCGCACACAGACUAAACCAGAAGAUUGCAGACUUGAGGCGAAAUGGAGAAUUCUGGUGGGCUCGCCCCGAUUCCAAAACUCAGGUAACCUGCGAGUACAUCUUCGCCGGCGGCGCGACGGUGCCACAGAGAGUCCACACUGUCGUCGUUUCUCUACAGCACUCUGAAAAGAUAACUCUGGAGACGCUUCGAGAGGAAAUCCGUGAGAAGGUCAUCAAGGAAGUUAUCCCCGCCCAGUACCUAGACGAGAGAACCGUCGUGCACAUCAACCCUUGCGGGCUUUUCAUCAUCGGUGGACCACAGUCUGACGCGGGGCUGACGGGGCGCAAGAUCAUCGUGGACACGUACGGCGGGUGGGGCGCGCACGGCGGCGGCGCCUUCUCCGGCAAGGACUUCACCAAGGUGGACCGCUCCGCCGCCUACGCCGCGCGCUGGGUCGCCAAGUCUCUCGUCAAGGCCGGCCUCUGCCGCCGCUGCAUGGUCCAGGUGGCUUACGCCAUCGGAGUGGCGGAGCCGCUGUCCAUCACGGUGUUCGACUACGGCACGUCGCACAAGACCCAGCAGGAGCUGCUUCGCAUCGUGCAGAAGAACUUCGACCUGCGGCCCGGCAAAAUUGUCAAGGAGCUAAACCUCAGAGCGCCGAUAUACCAGAAGACCAGCACCUACGGCCACUUCGGCCGAGAGGGCUUCCCGUGGGAGAAUCCCAAGCCGCUCGUCGUAGAAUGACUUCGGACCUGAGCUAUAGAACAUUGUACAUAUUCCACCAUAUAACACUUAAUCUGCGUGUGUCUUUGUAGCGAGGGCGCGGAGAUCGUACCGCUGAUGUCUCUCUAUAGAGGAUUUAUGUUUGAGCGAUUCUAAUCUCGCCUGUGGAACCCGCGUUCCAACGGCGAAGGUUACACUCGCUGGAUUCAGUGUAAUUAUUAAGUAUUCAUUAGAUUAGACACAUUAGACACGUAGGUUUAACACGGUGCCGUCAUAUCUGAAUUUGAGUUAGUUCAGGGGUUCGACCGGGCAGUUCUAUCAUUUAAGAUAACAAUAUUUGCUUCAGGGGGCCGAUUUUUGAAUUUCGAGAGCUUUAUUUCGUCAUUUGAAAAUCUGGAAAACGGCGAAAUGCUAUUAUUGAAGUACAAGCCAUAGAAAUUGGGGAUCUAGUGGUAUUGACCACUCGUUUUCAAUUAUAUUAGUAAAAUUUAAAUGCCUAGUAGUGGAAAUAGUAUUGAACGAAAUACACGAAACGUCGCGGUCGAAAUUCAAAAAUGGGCCCCAUUGAGGAAUUUGUGAUUUAUUUUUAUGUAUGCCGUACCUAAUUGAUGAAUUAUGCCAGUGCAAACUAUGUAAUGAUUUUUAAAUGUUAUUUUAAUUACUUAAAAGGUGGACUGCCUAACAAUCUCGAAUGUUUUUCAUUGUGAGCUUUAUGAUGUAAGUGCUAUGAUUGCCGGUAGAGUAGACUACUUCCCUGGUCGCGUCACAGUGUAGCGAGGGCCGACUUAGUCAGCUUUUGCUUGCUGCAAAUAUAGUUCUGCGCGGUGGCGUAUUCGCCAUUUAUUAUUAAGUUUUAGCUAUGUAAUUUAAGUGUCAGUGAACUGCCUGCUUAUAUAAUUCAUGAAUUAUUUUAGCCAAUUAUUGUUGGCGCGGCGUUCCGCGCAGAACGAUUUGUGUUGUGUUUCCGAAAAGGAAAGGAAAGGAGCCAUUUUGAAAACACACCGACAACCCCAGGGCAGUAGUGCACUGUGCAUUUACCACGUUAUGAUGAUUCCGCCGGUAGGCUUAAUUAGGCGCAAUCCUAACCGUACAUUUUAUGACAUUAGAAUUUAGAAUUUUAACUAUUCGUAGGUCGGUUAGUGAGUAUUGUGGAUUAUAUACGUUUUGAUCUGUUUCGACCCGUUAAAAGUUUCUAAUUGACUUACUGUGGAAUAUCGAUUUAUCAGAUUGUGGAAUUUAAACUAAUAUUAAAAUUGUGUUCUCCCGGCACAUUAUCGGGAUUUGAAAA